AUGAGGAUGAAAAAGGUUCCCAACAGCAUCAAAAAGUACUUGAAAUAUUCAGUUGGUUUCCGAUGUAAGAUUAUCCCGCCUCCACGAACGGCAUCCGAGCUAAAUUUCAUUUUGCAGAACUUGCAAAAAUUUGCAACAAUUGAUUAUCUAUCCUGUACACCUUUGACACGAAAAUGUUCCAGCUCAGACUUUGACUCGGACUUUAUCAUCAAGAUACUUUUCAAUCCAUGUCAACAAAAGAGCCUCUUCCUGCCGAUGUUUAGUGGAGACGACUAUCCAAAGCCAAACGGACAAUCAGAGCUGACAAAGAGCGCCCUUCGAGCUGCGUUGGUGCAGAAGUUGAAAAACAUAGUGUCGAUCCCUCGCUAUCAAGGCAUAGAGCACGAUGAAGACUAUUUGAAACACGGCAAGGCGAUUGAGCUUCAUCAUCAGCUCGCCUCCAUCAACUCGCAAUCUCAUCACAGCGGCGUAAGAAAUAUAAAUUACAAGUUGUCCACGUCCACGAUGGAUAAUCCCAUCAUAUCCUUUAUCGGGUGCGACCCCGAAGUGGACCAAACCAUGUUAAGGAACUCAAUACGGCAAAAUUUCCAGCUAUUCCAUAAAUUCGAAAAAAUCGAGAUUGAUUCUCACGGUUCGGACAAUUUGUUGAAAUUACAAUGA